CUUGUUUGUUCUUGUGUGUUCGCGUUGGUGUGUGUAUGGAUGCACGCAACGCGCAUUAUUCUAUGACGCGCAGCUCGCGGCGAAUGUAGCGUGGAUAGAAGCCGCUCAUGUCUGAUGAAUACGUAAAGAUGCGGAAUUAUCGAUGGUAGAGACGUUAAUUGUAGAUCUUGUGCCUUAAAUUUCAUCAUCGCUAAGCAGAACACUAUAGUGCGUAAAAACUAUGUUUUCCACCAGCACUCAAAGCAAGUGUUGGAUUUUUAAAGACGAGGGUCAAAUCUCAAGGCUCAGGAAAGCAGCAAAUGACAGAUUCAUCAACCGACAACAAAGUGCGAACAGGUCUCCGGAUGACUUUCUUUCACCGGAAGAAGAGAGGACAAUCUACAAGCACUACGAGUUCACCCUCCGAGAUUUCUGCAAAAAAUUUCAACCUCCUGUUCCCAGGAGCGUAAUCGGUACGUCGUUCCAUUACUUCAAGCGCUUCUACCUCAAUCACUCUGUGAUGGACUACCACCCUAAGCACAUGCUAGUGACCUGUGUUUACCUAGCCUGCAAAGUGGAGGAGUUCAAUGUUUCCAUUGCACAAUUUGUCAGCAAUGUGCGUGGAGACAGAGAAAAGGCCACAGACAUUAUCCUGAACAAUGAACUUCUGCUCAUGCAGCAAUUGAAGUACCAUCUCACAAUUCACAACCCUUAUAGGCCACUUGAGGGGCUCCUAAUAGAUCUCAAGACAAGGUGUUCUCAGUUUCCAGACCCAGAAAAGCUGAGGCUAUACAUGGAUGACUUCCUUGAGCGAACUCUCUUCACAGAUGCAAUGCUUCUCAUGGCGCCAUCCCAGAUUGCCCUCACUGCUGUUCUGUAUGCUGCUAACAAAGCCCAGGCCAACUUUGAAACGUACAUAACAGAUUUCCUGUUUGCUGGCAGCCCACGUGAGACGCUUCACCACAUCAAGGACACUGUCAAAAAGCUGUGGCUUAUGGUAAGAGCCAUCGAGGUGCCUCCAAAAGAGAAGGUACGCGCCUGUGAACAGAAGCUUGAGAAGUGUAGGAACCAGGAGAACAACCCAGACAGCCAAGUGUACAAACGCAAAAUGCAAGAUGGGCUAGAUGAUGAUCACCAGUCAAGCUCAAAAUAUGCCAGGACUUCGGAGGAGCACCGACAAGUGGACGAUUCAAUGGGAGGAUCAAGUGCCUUAGAAAGUUCCCCUUAGCGGCCUGUAGAUACUGCACAUUUGUUUGAUAAUAUGAGGACAUCAGUGGUAAUUUCUCAUGUAUCUGUUAUGACAUGAUGGCCAAAAAUGAAGCUGUUUGCAAGCGUGGUUCAUCAUAAAAUGUAAUGUGUAUAUUUAACAGCUUGAGGUCUGUGGAGACAUUCUUCGACUCCAUUUUCUGUUUCCCUCCACCUAACGGCAUCAAAAAGAAAGUCUAUGUGCUUGCAUUUUACUGUACAUAGACCAAAACCAUUGACACUGUUUAUGAUACAAGGCCUACCAUGAAAAUCCCGGAUUUUAUUCUGGGGUGUAUCAACAUGAUAAGGCUGGCAUUUGGUUCACCCAUUCACACAAGCAGGUUGGUUGCUGUGAUGUGAGAGCUCCAACUAUGUUGCAUACAGCUGUGUUGUUAUAAACACUAACCAAUAUGCCAAUAAUUUUGAUGUCACGUGGCUUCACAAAUUAACAUGGGUUUUUUAAUAGGUGGGGCAAAUGUAUUAAGGCAAAGAGCAUGACAUUUAGAAGUGACUAAACUCGCAACAGAUUACGUCAUGUGUUACGCAAUCAUCCGAGCGCUUCAGACAAAGUGUGCCACAGAUGUCGCCGAUUUUCAGCUGCGUGACAUAAUUUCGUAGAAAGGAGCUCAAUGCCAACCGCUUACUAAUCAGAGCUGGGACUGCUGCUGCGCUGUGGUUUGUUUUGCCCAUAUAUGGUUUGUCAGGUAGCACGCUUCACCUGUGUUGUAGUGUUGUAGAAGAGUGUUCUGAUUUGCAUGAAUGACUCGUUUUGUGGAGUGUUACUAAUUUGGGUGGUUAUGGCUACUUUCACCAGCACAUUCAAUGUUGUGGCCCCUUUGAAAGCACAGACACUAGAUGGUCAGGUAAUGUGAAAACCUUUUCUUAUAGUUGUUUCAGUGCCAUAAGUCUUGAAAUGUUAGUUCCACCUCAAUAAUGUGGAUACUUUGGUUCCCAACCAGACCCCUUUCACGGCGAUUCUGUGGGUGCUGGCAUGUUUGAUCAAAUGGUCAUGCGUCCAUUGCUUGCCUCAGCUUCUUCUGUUGCAUCCAUAUUUACAAUAGAUGUGCAUGACACCCUGGAGCAGUUUAGCACACUUGUGUUUCUACAAAUAUUGUCGACGGUGAUUAGGCAGUCAAUACGAAGCUUUCGCCACAGCUUCGGAGGACAAGUAAGUGCUUCCGGGCCUCAUUACAGCUUGUCCAAACAGCGCAUGUAUAGUGCUUGUUCUAAAGGCUAAAAAUGUAUUUCAAGCUGUCCAAACUUUCCAUUUAUGAAUUAAAUUAGGGUCAGUGUGUUUUGCUCUUCAUUCUUUAUCUGGUAAACACUUAGAAUCAGUGGCUUGUCAUGUUUCUGACUCAGUAAAGUUCCUCAGUGUGGUCGCUA